AUGAUGCACACCGGUGAUGCGCUGAAACCAACCUAUUCCAUCUUGUUGCCAACGUAUAACGAAAGGGAAAACCUUCCGAUUUGUGUUUUCCUAAUCGAGAAAUAUUUUCGUAACACUUCGUUCACUUAUGAGGUGAUCAUAGUCGAUGAUAAUUCACCAGAUGGUACCCAAGAAAUAGCGAGAAAACUGCAGAAAGAAUUCGGCGAAAAUAAAAUCAUUUUGAGGCCAAGAGCAGGCAAACUCGGAUUAGGAACCGCCUAUACGCAUGGUUUGAAAUCGGCUCGAGGUGAUUUCAUUAUACUGAUGGAUGCCGACUUAUCGCAUCAUCCAAAAUUUAUACGCCAGAUGAUCGAUCUUCAACGCAGCAAAAAUUACGAUAUUGUAACUGGUACGAGAUAUGCGUUGGGUGGUGGUGUGGCUGGAUGGGAUUUGAAGAGAAAGACUAUUAGUCGAGGCGCGAACUUCUUAGCGCAGUUCUUACUGAACCCGGGUGUAUCCGAUUUAACUGGUUCAUUUCGUCUGUAUCGCAAAGAAGUUUUGGCAAAAUUGAUCGCGGACAGCAUCUCGAAAGGAUACGUUUUUCAGAUGGAAAUGAUGUUUCGAGCCAGAAAACUAGGCUAUAAAAUCGGUGAAGUACCAAUAUCGUUCGUGGAUCGUUUCUACGGUGAAUCGAAGCUGGGUGGUCAGGAGAUUGUGGAUUAUGUUAAGGGACUUCUUUAUUUAUUUGUUUUUGUUUAA